AUUCUUCGUUUCCAUACAACACUCUCACCACCAAUACUUGAAUCUUUCGCUAAAGCUGACAGGACCAGCAAAAACAAAACUAGUUAACGGCCAAAACUCCGGCAACACGAUAGAAGAUUCCGGGCGGUUUCGAGAUAUUGGAUGCCAGCCGCUUUCCCAUAAUUAGCGCGGAGGGUCCCAAAUUCGUUCUCUUCACGCACACGCAGUAGCAGACUGGACGCAACCUAAUUUAAUUCGCGAGGGAAAACAGGUUUCCCCAUUUCCCAGCUUUCUCCUCGCCCUCCCCACCAAAUUCCUCCUGCUUGAUCGCACCGAGCUCACUUUCGGCAUUGAAUUCGUGUAAUCUGCAGAUUUGAUUUCAGCUGUUUCCACCGCCUAAUUACUACACAUUUUUUUGUCCGAUUAAUUCGUCGACUCCACCUACUGAGAUCAAAUCUGGGCAUCAGAUUCUGUGCUGCCUUCGACGUCAAUCCCGUCUGGUUUCGCCGCGGAAUUCAGUUUCAGUUCGAGCGCGUCAGAGGCAUCCCCGAUUCCGGCGAUGUCGUUGCCCGCAAUUUCCCUGUACACCAGUCCGCCGGGCGCGGUCUACUCUUCGGAGUUCGACCCGACCUCCCGCGGCUCGUCGCCGUGCACCACCGCUGCGCUCCUGCCGCCCGCUGCCUCGCACCGCUUGCCCUCCGGCGGCGGCGGCGGCGGCCUGUCUUGCCUCUUCUCCUCGCCGGCAGCUGCGGCCGCACCACCCCGCAACCCGGCUCAUGACGACCUCGGCGCGCUGUGGCACGAUAGAUCCGACGACCUGAGCGCCGCCGCCGGCGGGGGCGGGUACCCCUACUCGCACUCGCACUCGUCUUCACCGCUCAAGUGGCGGGACCCGCACCACCACCACAGCCCCGUGUCGGUGUUCCAGGGGCUGUCCUCCUCUUCACCAUCCCGGAGCCCGCCGGCUUCUUGGCUCGCCGCCCGAGACCGCGAACGCCUCUUCGCUGGUUUCGUGCGCAACGCGCUCGGCUCCUGCGUUGACUACGCGCCGCCCACCAGCCCUCGCCCGGAGGUCGGUGCGGGCGAGCUCGCGUUCGAGCUCGACGAGAACCUCUUGGAGGCUGGCCCUGCCUGCGAGCCAUAUGCUCGAGAGCUGCUCACCAGUGCCCAGGAUUGCCACCGCAUCUUCCACGAGGAGCUGGUCGUGAGGGCCUUCUUGGAGGCCGAGAAGGCUCACCGUGGCCAGAUGCGGGCGAGUGGUGAUCCAUACCUGCAACAUUGUGUGGAGACAGCUGUGCUACUCGCCAAGAUUGGCGCAAAUGCAACAGUUGUCUCGGCUGGGCUUCUGCACGACUCCAUUGAUGAUUCAUUCAUUGACUAUGAUCACAUAUUCCAUAUUUUUGGUGCUGGGGUUGCCGAUCUCGUGGAAGGGGUUUCCAAGCUGAGCCACCUCAGCAAACUUGCCCGCGAUAACGACACAGCAAGCAGGACGGUUGAAGCGGAUCGCUUGCAUACAAUGCUACUUGCAAUGGCAGAUGCACGUGCCGUUCUAAUAAAGCUUGCAGAUCGCCUGCAUAACAUGAAGACCUUAGAAGCUUUGCCUUGGGUCAAACAGCAAAGAUUCGCUAAGGAGACAAGGGAGAUUUUCGUGCCUUUAGCUAACCGACUAGGGAUUGCUAGCUGGAAAGAGCAGCUGGAGAAUCUUUGUUUCAAGUAUUUGAAUCCGGAAGAGCACAGGGAGCUGUCAUCCAAACUUACAGAAUCCUUCGACGAAGAGCUAAUCACAUCUGCUGUGGAUAAACUGGAUAAAGGUCUGAGGGACGCUGGUGUCUCGUACCACAACCUUUCCGGGAGGCACAAGAGCGUGUACAGUAUCCACUCCAAGAUGCUGAAGAAGAACUUGGCAAUGGAGGAGAUCCACGAUAUACAUGGCCUGCGUCUUGUGGUUGACAACGAAGAAGAUUGCUACGAAGCCCUCUGUGUCGUCCAUAGACUGUGGCCUCGAGUUACUGGUCGGUUCAAGGACUACAUAUCACGUCCAAAACUAAAUGGGUACCGGUCGCUGCACACCGUCGUCAUGGGCGAAGGUGUCCACCCGUUGGAGGUCCAGAUCCGCACGAAGGAGAUGCACCUGCAGGCCGAGUACGGAUUCGCCGCGCACUGGAGGUACAAGGAAGGCCGCACCUGCAGGCACUCGUUCGUGCUCCAGAUGGUGGAAUGGGCGAGGUGGGUCCUCACAUGGCAAUGCGAAGCGAUGGACAAAGAACGGACCGCCUCCUCCCUAGGCAGUGGCGACGCCGCGAGCGCGAGGCCACCGUGCCCGUUCCCCCUGCACUCAGAGGACUGCCCUUACUCGUAUACCCGCCAGUGCAACCACGACGGACCGCUGUUCGUCAUCCUCCUGGAGCACGACAAGAUGUCUGUCCAAGAAUUCCCGGCAGACUCAACGGUAAUGGAUCUCAUGGACCGUGUCGGCGCCAACAGCUCGAGAUGGAGCCCCUACAGCAUCCCCGUGAAGGAGGAUCUGCGGCCGCGGGUGAACCGCGAGCCUAUAUGCGACCCGAACCGGAAGCUGAGCAUGGGGGACGUGGUGGAGCUGACGCCGGCCCUGCCUCGCAGGUCCCUCAGCGGGUACCGGGAAGAGAUCCAGCGCAUGUACGACCGUGGCGGCUUCGCGCUCUCAGCUCAAGGCGGUGGCUCGAGACGCUGCUGACAGUAGCAAUACGAUGAUGUUAACCUUUCCUACCAUUGUAUUGUACCAUUCAAUUCGUUGUAAGUAUAAGCUAGCUAGGUCUUGCAGCCUGAAGCUGCAAAUGUGUAAAGGUAGAACGCUGUGUAUAUAUAAGCUGUUCAGGUUCGUUUCAGCUGCUC